GCAUAGACACUGGCGUAAUCAACACGAUUCGCAGCGUUUGAAUACCCUUUUUUUUUAGAAGCAUGUGCCACACACCCUAUUGUUUCCUUUUCCGUUUAAAAAAGCAAAAUUAUUAAACCAAAGUAUCCAAUGGAAGCUAAUUCACAUUUUGAAUAUUUUGAAUCUUGACAACUUAGUCUCAUAUACACUUCUGUCGGUUGAAAGGAAACAACUUGUUGGAUUCAACAGGCUGUUCAAGCGCAUUAGAUGCUCUCAACGGGCCUCUUCUUCAUGCUGCAGGAACAGCCGUGCUUGCCAAGACAGUGUCAUUCACGACCAUCAGCCCGUUUCAUUGCAAGAUGAAGAGGAGCAAAGAUUCUUGUCUAGCAGCAAGCUUCUCUUGACUAACUCUGACAAUGACGAAGGUGAAGAUGACGGCCACAUGCCAUCGUCUACAUCAUCUACAUCCUGUAGUUUUCCUCCUAUCCUUCUGUUUGCCGUCCCAGGCGCUAUCUAUUUCUUCAACAACAAUCUCACAUUCGUCCUCCUUUCACUCAUGCCAGCGCCUACUUAUGUGGUCUUGUCAAAUCUCAAGAUCCUUACCACAGGCCUCUUCUCAUACUUGUUCCUCCAUCGACUUUUGACUUCUGCACAGUGGAUAUCCCUUGGGAUCCUCUUCCUAUCCACUGCAGUUUCCCAGAUUGAUCUUGAAAAGGGUCUCAGUCUUUCUAUUUCAAUCCAGGCAUUCUUGUUGAUGAUUUUAUUCUGUUCACUCUCUGCCGCCGCAUCUGUGUUUUCAGAGUAUGUGAUGAAGGAACGGUUUGCGAACGAGUCGAUCCAUCUACAGAAUAUGAAGCUUUACAUGUUUGGCAUCUUGUUCAAUGGGAUCACGUACAUGCUCACACCAGCACCUGCGAAUAGCCUUGGAUCUGCUGCAGUAGAGUCAUCUUCGUUCUUUUCAGACACAGCACCUAUCCACUUCAUGAUCAUUAUGGCAUAUGCAUCCCUGGGUCUUGUGACCUCUGCCAUCAUCAAGUUCUCGGGCUCAAUCACUAAAGUUUAUGCAUCAUCUAUGUCCAUGUUCUUUGCAGCCCUUGUCUCCUGGCUGCUGCUCAAUGAUCAGUUGACAGUUUUGUUCUUUGUCGGUUGUUUUGGAUGCUGCUUUGCACUCCAUCUGUACUACCGUGCUCCAGUACCAUCUCAGGCUCCUGAAUCUACAACAUCCUUAUUAACGGAUGAUCGCGAUGACGGUGAUGAUGAUGACAAAGAGGAGCCACGACGCGACUCAAGUUCAUCGUAUGCAUCUUCUACAACCUUGGCUGCCUCUCCUGGCGUCGAACCGACGAAGCAUAAAAAUAUCAAUAGCCCCGAUGCUAUAUUGACCUCCGUUACAGUCGUAGAUCGCAACGAAUAUUUUUCGUUGGAUACACUCGAUGAUGGAGGCAAAAGGCCGCAAUGAUCAGAGACAGUAGAUAAUAAACCAUUGUAACAUUCCUAUUGAUUAAAAAGAUACCACA